AUGCAAUUUUUGCUCAUAAUCAUCGUUCUUGCCUAUGUUGAAGUUCUAUAUUGUUAAUGGCAAAACAAUUUAGCUUUAUUAACAUCAAACGCAUUAUUUACCUAAUAAACUGGUCCAUAUGCAUCUUAACAAUCAGGAACCUUCUUUCAAUUAUAUACACAAACCACAGCCAAUUUUAUCACUUGUACAAACCCAUAAACAAGCUAUAUAACUCUAAAUAAUAAUUAUCCUAGUGUUUAAACAGAUUAAAACUACUUUUUAUAAAGUGGAUAUUUUGUAGCUUUUGAUUUAUUUUUUCAGGGUACUUGGCAAAAUCAAGGCGUAAAGUUUAAAUUUGGUUCAUUUGAAUUCUAAUAUUAUUAUCAAUAACCAUCAGUCUAUCCUUUGACUAACCAAUUUUGUGAUUAUUAAGAUGUCGAUGUAAAAACAGUAAAUUUUACAAUAACAUCAACUAAUAAUGAAAAAAUUUAGUUUAUUUCCUAAAAUUUCAAUGAUGGGUAAGUUUCAAUCAGAAAUUUGUAUGUAUCAUCUUUUAAUUGUUUUCCCUCUUGCUCCUCUUGUAGUGGCCCUGGAUUCAACGAAUGUACAGAUUGCUAUUUCCAAACACCUACAAAUGGAAUUUGCCCCACUUGCCCAUAAAAUUAAUAUUACAUGAAGAAUAUAGGAUGCAAGCCAAUUUGUGAUAUUGGAUCUUCUUUAAUUAAGUAGGGAUUCUGUCAAAAUUAUCCAAGUAAUUAUAAAAAAUAUCUUCUUAGCUCAAACUUUUAUAACUACUUAAUUUACAUCUAAUCUUUCAUCCCCAGAAAUUUUGAAAUGGUCUUUAAUUCUUGAUCCACUACAUGUUGACAAUACUUUGCUUCCAAAUAUUUAUGUAAACUAUCAAUACAUAUAUGGAAUAUUUAAGUACAAUUCUGGAGUUUACAGAUAUAUAAACGAAUUAUCUUCAAAUUAUCCAACUCACUUAAUUGGAUUCAAGAUUACAUUAUUAAUUUUCAAUGAAAUUCCACUUGGAUGCGGAAUCCAAAUUAAUAUUAACAAUAUGUAUUAUGGAUCAAUUUCUAGAGAAAUAUCAGGAAUUCAGGCACAUCAGUUAGGUGUUUAUGAAAUUUCAGACUUUGGCUCAUAUCCAACUUAUUCCAGUGUCAAGAAAUAUGUUUUAGUUACAUACUUUGAUAUUCCCAAGAUCCCAUUAUUAUUUUCAGCCGUAGGAAAUUUUAGGUAAAUUUCUAUUAUUCUAAUUUAGUGA